GUCUUCUCCAAAGCGCUACACAAUCGAAGUCCUUCGUUUCGAAGAAAAGCAUUGUUCCACGGAUUAAAUCUCCGAAAUUUCCUAUACCCACUUCAGAUCUACCAUCAAUGGCUCUAGAAUGGGUUGUUCUUGGCUACGCUGCCGCCGCCGAGGCGAUCAUGGUCCUCCUCCUCACCAUCCCAGGCCUCGACGGCCUCCGCAAGGGCCUCAUCGCCGUCACUCGCAAUCUCCUCAAGCCCUUCCUCUCCGUCGUCCCCUUUUGCCUCUUCUUGCUCAUGGACAUCUACUGGAAAUACGAGACUCGCCCCAGUUGCGAAUCUGACUCCUGCACCCCCUCCGAGUUCCUUCGCCACCAGAAAUCCAUCAUGAAGAGCCAGCGGAACGCGCUCUUGAUCGCCGCCGCCCUCGUCUUCUACUGGCUCUUGUACUCCGUUACUCAUCUGGUUGUCAAGGUCGAGCAGUUGAACCAGCGGGUUGAGAGGUUGAAGAAUCGGGAUUGAGGAUGCAGAUGGAGAUGGACGCCAUAUUGUCGGUGCUCGAAUAAUUGGGGUCAGGUAGUUCUCCAGUGAGGCUAGGCGAACUGUGUGAGUUGGGCCGGACAUUCAUGGGUAUAGUUAAAACAGGAGUGUGAAAGAUUUUGGUCAAGUUUACGACUUACUAUCGUGUUAUAGUGUGUUUGUUUCACUGAGACUUGUGGACAGGAUUUUGAUGCAUUCUGUAUUGUGUGAGUUGGGUCGGACAUUCAUGAAUGUAGUAUGGAUUAGUGAAAACAGGAUUGAAGGAUUUGGGUCAAGUUUACAACAUACUAUUGUGUUAAUAGUGUUUGUUUGUUUCGUUGAGACUGUUGUGGACAUGAUUUUGAUGCAUUUUGUAUUGUUCUUCA